GAAAGGUAGCAACAGACGUGGGGAGAGGGAGGGGGAGAGAGAGGAGGGCAACGAGGGAGAGAACGGGAGAGCCCUGGCACUUGACUUCAACCACAGCUGCCAUCUCCGGACAAAACAUCACUAUCCUUCAUUCUCAACAAAAGUAAAAACAGAUCACACCAAAAAAUGAAGGGAUCUGUACUAAUACCCUGUACUAAAGGCCUCCUUCUUUUUGUUUUAUUGCAAACAAGUUUGAUUUUGUAUGCAAGUGCACAGAACAGCACAGAUUCCACAAAUAUGACCAUUACUCCCACUAUGAUCACACUGAUGAAUCAGACUUUAAAUACUACAGGGGUUCCCUCAGGUGACAACAUAAACACUACUGGUACAAAUAACACAAACUCAGCAAUGGUAUCCUGUCGAGUUUUCUCUUGUAAUUACUCAGCAUGCUACAGUACAUUCACAAGCACAAAUGACACUACUUGCUCGGCUCCUGCAAAUUUUUGCGAGCUGAGAAGAGACAGAGAUGCGACAUAUUCAGUGACGUGCACGAGCACCUGCCUCAGUGCCUGUAUGAACACCUCUCAGAACAACUGCUCCAUUAAUUGUUGCUCCAACAAUUGUGUCAACUCCACUAUCAACACCCUACUCAACUCUUCCAUCAUAAUGACUACUACAACAACCUCCACCACCACUACCACCACUGCUAAGAGCUCUACUGUUGCAUCCACCACCAUGGCAACCAAUGGCAAGAAGUGCCAUAAGCUUACCUGUAAUGGAGACGUCUGUUAUCAAGGCAAUACUAAUGUUGCACUGUGUACUCCUGGCCAGAACUUCUGUAUGCUGAAGAAAACUCUGGCAGUGACAGUGGUGACCUGGACAGCAAGCUGUAUUGAGGACUGUAGCAAAGAGACAGUGUGCACCUCCAGCAAUAGCAACUGUGUCCUAGAGUGUUGUAAUGCUACCACCACAGCCUCCUGCCUCAAGCUGAAUGGCCAAGUAAAUGUUCUUGGCUCUGGCACUAUGGCUCCAUGCUCUCACAUGCCACUUGUGGUGUUUUCAUUCUUCUUCUGUUUGCUAAUGAUGGGCAAAUCUGCAGAUUAGAUUGUAUGUUUCGAGCACUAGUUGAUUGCUAGUUGUGUGUGUGUGUGUGUGUGUGUGUGUGUGUGUGUGUGUGUGUGUGUGCAUGUGUGUGUAUGAGGAAUUGUGUGCUAUUUAUUUAUCUGCAUGUCAACUGAAGGGUAUAUACGAUAUGUUCUAUAAAGAGAGAAGAUUAUACUAUAUGAUGAGGAAAUGUCUAUAAUUUAAUUAUGUAUAAUCCAUACUAAGCUACAAGCAGCAUUGUGAGAGAAAUUGCAUUAGUGCUGACAAAUUCAUUAUAUACAAAUAUAUAUUAAUCGUCUAUCUUAGUUUAGCAUGCUUACUUUACAAUUUGUAUAUGAUAGCAGCAAACAGCCUUAUGGCCUUAGGGCUUAGCAAACACUUAGGGCCUUUUUUUGAUUGAUGACUAUUAUUUUCAAAUGUUUGGGUAAUGUGGUUCAUAUUACCUGCUCAGCAGUCUUUCUUUCUCCUGCCAAAGCAGAUAAUCCAAAUCCAACAUUCAGAACAAAAUGUUUUAUUCUGCCAUUAAGCAUGCCCAUUAAGGCUGUCUGACAGAACAAUGAGGAUGUAAUCAACAUACAGAACUGACAACCAAACAAAAAGGAAAAUAUAUAUGCACUUUAUACAUAUGCUAGAUAAAUGUAGUCUAAUUAAUUUGUGUAUAUGUGAAAUGGUUGUGUGGCAGAAGACUUUUAGCUAAAACUCAAAACCAAAAAGGUUUAUUUUUGAGCAAACAUCUAUUGCACUAUAAGAUUGUAUAACCAUAUCUACAUUUUAUGUUACAAAUUAAAUACUUAUUGAUAACAUUUGACUUAGCAUGUUUGAUUUAUAAGGAUUCUUGUAUAAUUAAAAUUAAACCAGUCCAACACCAUAAAUACCCUGUCAGAAUUAAUCAAAGGACUUCUUAACAAAAUUGUUUUAUGAUCCAUACUGUAGGUUAAAAGUUGAGAGAACUUUUAACAAUGCAAAAAAUGUAAUAAAAUCAAAAUAAUUUAAUAUUGUCCUGUAAAGGUUAAUGUUCCCGGUCUAGACUUUGGAUUCACCCAUCCCUGAACAGGAUAAAGCAAUUGCUGAUGAUGAAUAAAUAACUGAAAAUGAAUAAUUUAAUACUUACCACACCUUCAACCUGUUUGCAGAGCAUUUCUAAGGACUUCUGUGUCCCUCUCUCUCCUCUCUAUCAGCUGCAGGAUUUCUAAUGACUCUUAAAAGCCACCACAAACUGACAACCCCUCCCUCACUGCUCUCUGCCCAUGCCUCAUAUUUCAAAGGCUAUCUAAUAAAGUGCUGUGAAAAAGUAUUUUCCCCAUCCUUAUUUCAGCUGGGGUUUUAUUUAUUUUUAUUUUUUUGUAUAUCUCAUACUAAAUAGUUUUAAUAGUUUACUAAAUAUUUUCAAACAAAAUACAACAUAAAACAAGGGCAACCUGAGUAAACACACAUUACAGUUUUUAUUUAGUUAUUUAUUUUACUGAAACAAAAAAAAGUUAUCCGACACCUAUCACCAAUGUGAAAAACUAAUUGCCCCCUUAAACUUAAAAUCUAGUUGUGCCACCUUUAGCAGCAAUAACUGCAAACAAAUGCUUCCGAUAAUUGGAGAUCUGUAUUUCAAUUAUUUCUAGAACUAGGACUUACUCCUAUACUUUGGAUCAUUAUCUUGCUGCAAAAUCCAGUUGCGCUUGAGUUUCAAUUUAUGGACUGAAGACCGGAUAUUCUCCCUUAGGAUUUUCUGGUAGAGUGCAGAAUUCAUGUUUCCUUCGGUUAUUGCAAGUUGUCCAGGCCCUGAGACAGCAAAGCAUCCCCACACCAUCACACUUCCACCACCAUGCUUGACUAUAGGUGUGAUGUUCGUUUUGUGGAAUUCUGUGUUUGUAUUAUGUCAAAUGUAACAGGACCCCUGACUUCCAAACAGUUCCACUUUUGAUUCAUCAAUCCACAGAACAUGAACAGUGACUUUUAUUGAUGCAAGAGAAGCCUGUAGGUCCUUUGAUGUUGUCCUUGGAUUCUUUGUGACUUCCUGGAUGAGUCAAUGCUGUGCUCUUGGAGGAAUCAUCCACUUCUGAGAAGGUUCACCACCUUUUGGAGAUAAUGGCUCUCAUUGUGGUCCUUUGAAGUCCCAUAGCCUUUUAUAAUAGUUUUGUAACCCUUCCGAGACUGAUGUAUUUCAGACACCUUCUUCCUGAUCAUUUCUGGAAUUUCUUUCAAUUUUGGCAUAGUGUGUUACUGGGUAAGACCUUUUAACCAACUUCAUGCUGUUGAAAAAGUUA